CAUUUCUGGACAUUCUUGACCUCACCUAGCAGAAGAUUACUGGGGAAGGAGUAUAGGGUUACUUUAGCUCCUGUUUGAGCUUGUAUAUAUAUAUAUUUUUUUAUUUCUAUUGUGAUCUUCCUGGAUGUCCUCCCGCGCGAUUCGCAAGCUGCAGAAGCUGCGCGAACAAGAGUUGCAGCAAGCGGAACAAGAAAACUAUGACUCGAGUGAAGAGGAGAUUGUCUCGAGGUCAGCGAAGCCGAAAUUGAAUGCUUUUGACCUCCUAAAUGCAGGGGACGAGGAUGAGGACGAACAGGAGUCUGAAAACGAGACGGACGUUCCGGGGCCCGUGACUCACCCGACUGAGGAAGUCUCUCCUCCUACACCGGUGGCAUCUGUGGAAAAGAAGAAAAAGAAGGGAAAGAACAAGAAGAAGAAGAAGAAGAGUGUCGCGAAACAAGACCCCAUAGACGUCGAGCCCGAUGAUGGAGACCUAGAUGAGAUCGACCGUGCGUUGAAGGAGCUGGCUGUCGAUAAGAACGGAGAUGCUAUGACCGAAAAUCAAGAAAACGCCCUUGAUAAUUCGUUCCCCAAGACACCCGAAGAUCUUCUAGGCAUUGACCCGAAGUUUCUCAAUGCUACGAACGAGAUGCGAAAGUUGUUUGGCAAUGUUGUGCUAGAAAAUUUCGACCAAAUAGAUUCUGGACCAGGCCGCAGGCGAGACAGAGCUCGAGAAACGGUUGAUUUAGGUCGGGCCUUGACGGGCAGAUAUAGCCCAGCAAGUAGGGGACAAAGUUUAGCAGGCGUUACCCAACGGAGGAACAUUCUGUUCCAGGGCAAGGAUGAAUGGCCGCGUUCUCCCAGCGGUGGUCUUGGAAUGGAGCUGGUUGAAACGCUUUCGAAUGGAGUGACUCUCUACCGUGUCCUGCACAAUCCUGCAUACAAAGAUGUUCAGAGGCAGUUUGAGAUUUGCGUGGAGUCGAUGGACCCGCAAAGAAUGAUACACCUUCUCCAAUACAAUCCUUAUCACAUCUCAACCCUCCUUCAGGUGUCCGAAAUAGCAAAGCAUCAAAGUGAUCAUGCUGUAUCUGCGGAUCUCCUUGAGCGAGCGUUAUUCAAUUUUGGAAGGUCAGGUCACUCAUCAUUCGGAAAUCGUCUGAAGGAAGGGAAGGCGAGACUCGAAUUCGUACAUGACGAAAAUCGAGAGCUUUGGCUGGUGGGCUGGAGAUACAUUUCAAACCUAGGAAUGAAAGGCACUUGGAGAACCGCAUAUGAGUGGGCCAAGUUCUUACUGAGCCUUGAUCCGAAGGACCCCUAUUGCAUCAGACUUUUACUUGAUAACCUCGCUCUACGUGGAAGGGAGUACUCUCAUCUCGUCGAGUUGUGCACCCAGACUAGGUUCAGCAAGGAGUGGGAAUAUCUCCCAAAUAUUCAAUGCUCCCUAGCACUAGCAUACCUUCGAUUAAAGAAGCCAAAAGAGUGCCGGGAGCAGCUGCGCCGUGCAAUGGCCCGCUAUCCGUGGGUAUUUUGCAAACUAGCGCAAGAGCUUGAUAUUCAGCCGAUGCCGAAGCGGAUUUGGGGUAAGAUGCCACCAACCGACGGCCAUGAGCUGUUUACCGAACUAUAUAUUGCGCGGGCCAAGGAUCUGUGGAAUACACCAGAGGUAGUCUCCCUCAUUGUCGAGGUGGCGGAUACUCUCCCAGAAGGCGACGAACCUAUUGAGCCUCCAGAGAUUACUCUGGAUAUUGCGCGACACGUGGUUCUCUCGGAUAUUCCUCGUGUUACGACACAUUUGCCCGGGCGCUUUGUCUCUGGGCGAAUCUCGGCAUCUGAUCCUCUUCCCCCGUAUGAAUCCGAGGCAUUUCGCCAGCAAUCCGAUCCUACUCCGUCCUAUCUAUCCCAAGUGCCAGAGGGUGGACGACCUCAGUGGCUCCGUAAUCUUUUAGACCAGCUCAACAACGGUGCUCUUCAGUUCCCCCGACUUCGACGGGGUGAUGGGGAAGAGCCAGCGGAUGAGGGCUCAUCAGACGAAGAAGCCCACGAACCUCAUAGACAGCCAGUAGGAGGUGCGCAGGAACAGGUAGUCCUCGAACAUUGGCUUUUGGGAGACGGAUUGCACAGCCUAGAGGCCUUUAUCCGCCAGUAUGGAGUUGACCGGGGCAACUGGGAUCUGGAAGUGGACUACUCUCCGCUCCAUGACUACGCGGACGCAUUAAAUGCCAUCCAGCCUAUUUCAGCUCGAGAUAGAUUACUGGAUGGUGCAAUUCUAGAGGCUCUGGACCCAAUGGUUGUGGACUUGCUGCGAGAAGAGCUUGAGUUUCUGCAGGCGGGCGAUGAGGAAGUUUGAUACCCAGUGCAAUCCUUCUAUUCAGUCAUAGUUCAAUACCUCCCUAGGUAGCAGGUGUACUGUACUACAUUGAGCGGUUCAGGAACCAAUAAGACUGAGAUAAAUCCAAAGUAUUCCGUAC